AUGGUGUUCAGUCACUGCGAGUUUGAGGACGACGAAGAGAUAUUUGAGGCUAAUCGGAUUCUCGGUGAAGGGCUGGUAGGCCUUGUUGAAGAGGUGACAGUACGAUCCCGGAAACCACCCAUUACAUGCGCACGAAAGAAGAUUGGUAGGCCUAGGCAGCUCAAAGCGCAUGGCCAGAUCAUGGCUGCCUUCAUUCGGGAGAUUAGAGUCAUGCGUCAAGUCGAUCAUCGCCACUGCGUUCGGUUCAUUGGGAGCUAUACCGAUAAUGAGUCUGUUAAUAUUCUCUCGUCUCCGCUGGCUGAUAUGGAUCUUGCGACCUUCCUCGAUAACCCUAUCGGAGACAGGGAAUGGGCCAUACUCUACAAGGGCAUUGACUGUCUUUGCAACGGGCUCUUGGACUUCUCGGAUGAUUCUGUUUCGACAACUACCGGACGUCCAUCAGCAUGGACUAUCCGAUACUCCGCACCAGAGGUUUUGGACUCCGAACCACGCAACAGAGCUAGUGACAUAUUCUCUCUUGGAUGUGUUCUGAUCGAGAUGGUCUCAGGACUCUACGGGCACAGUCUCUCCGAAGUCAAGGAAUAUUGGAAGAAGUCUAGCAACGGACAGUCGAGCUUUGCACGCAACCCCCAAGCGACGUCCUCAUGGAUCGACUUACUGUCAGACCGUCCUGAGGUCGGAAGACUUGACCAGAUCGUCAACUUCCUACCGGAACUACUGGUCACAAAACGGCUUGAUCGACCGUCGGCUCAGUCAGUUGUACACAUACUGGAAGACCUGAGUCUACAUUUUCAUGAGCCCCCACGUCUUUUCAACACCUGUUGCGGGCCACCGGUAGGGCGGAUAAAGAGUCGCCAACCCAAGUGGGUUGGAGGAAGUGGCUUGCUAAAAACACGGGGUCCACAGUUCUGGUACGACCUUCGCAGUUACUUCGAUGCUGUUGCAGACCCCGAGAUGAACUAUGUCAUACUUGACCAGCGUUUCAAACAAGUCGCUGCUAAGCAUGACUGUUACUCUCGUCUAUGGGACAUGCUCAACGAUGUUUCUCCGAUCACGGAGGCAUGCGAAACGCUUUACAGCAUAUCCGACAACACAGACCCGAAUGCAACUUACUCAUACAAGCAUAGUCUUGAAUCAUCACAGCUGGAUAACCGGUACCUGGACCGCGUGCUGCCGCAGGUACUUGAAGCGUACACCUCGUGGCAGGUUAUAUUCACAGCGCUGAGUAUAAAUCUUCCUACUCCUAAAUCGCAAUGGUCCUCGAAAACUCAAGUCCCUUUCCAACCCAAGGAACUCUCGACCGUGUGUCGUGAGCGGACAGUACAAAUCUCCAUGGUUGGUAACGGUCGUUAUCUAAAUAACGACCGCUGCUUCAGUAAAGUAUAUUACGUUUUGGCAUUCAAACUGUUUGGGAAAGGAUACGAGCCUUCAGAGCUGGGCGCACCUGUUGUGGACAUGAGCAAGACGACACCUAGCCGGCUCGAGAUGGAUGAUGACUGGGGAGUCGGUUUCGCUAAAAAGUGA